AUGAAAGACUUCACUGAAAUCACGCUUUGCCCUGAGGCUCUGGACCACAGCAAGACUGAGUUCUGCAACCCCGUCUUCGAGGGCGAGGAGCCCCAGGCAGCGCCAAGCACUGAGUGCCCACCAGACAAGGAUGGGACCAGCCCCACGUCGCCCCAGGACGGCCUCGGUACCAGCCUGGGGGUUUGGCGAUACCGCGCUGACUGCAAGUUCACCUGGCUCUGCGUGGCUCUGAUGAGCACAGUCCUCCUCUUCCUCAUCGCCCUCCUGCUGGGCAUCGUCAUCCACCCCUGCGGUGGGACCCUGCGGGGCCCCGAGGGCUCCUUCAGCUCUCCCAACUACCCCGGCCCCUACCCGCCCGACGCACUCUGCAUCUGGCGCAUCGAGGUGGGCCCCGGCCUCGCCAUCCAGCUGAAGAUGGAGACGUUCAGCGUGGAGGGCACUGCCUCCUGCCUCUUCGACCGUGUGGAGCUCUACGAGGAGCAGGGGGCCAGCAGCACAGAUCCUGCCCCGGCUCGGGGGGGUCCGACCAGGUUUUGCGGCAACGUGGUCCCCCCGACCUUCAACACCAACUCCAACCACCUGCGCGUCACCUUCGUCUCCGACAGCAGCGUGGGCGCCCCAGGCUUCAGUGCCCGCUACCGCGCCGUGGCCCCCAGUGAGAAGAGCUGUGCCUGGGAUGAGCACUUGUGCGACCAGGGGCUCUGCCUCCACCUGGGCUUUGUUUGCGACGGCUUCCAUGACUGCGUGGACAAGAGCGAUGAGGCCAACUGCAGCCUGAAAGACAAAGAGUGUGGGGGGCCACUGACCACCUUGGAGGGGCACUUCUCCACCCCGAGCCAUCCCCAGCCGUACCCACACCAGCAGCUGUGCCUCUGGCAGAUCUCGGUGCCCAUGGGCCACGUCAUCGACCUGCACUUCCACAACUUCAGCCUGGAGUCGCAUGAGGACUGCAGCUUCGACUUCGUGGAGGUGCACGACAGCGCAGGCACGGGGGCCGCCAGCCUCAUGGGCAGGGACAGGCACAGGCCUGGGAUCUCCAACGACGGGUUCUUCGCCACCUACCAAGCCAACAAUGCCACAGAGAAGACCUGCAGCCCUGCAGAGUUCUCCUGUGGAAACGGUGAGUGCCGGGUGCUGGAGUCCGUGUGUGAUGGCUGGCACGACUGCCCUGAUGGCACCGACGAGCUGAACUGCACUGAAGUCUCCUACCCGGCCUUCGGGUCUAUCUGUGAGCCUGUGGAAGUGGAGAUGUGCCUGGGGCUGGGCUACAACGCCACCUCCUUCCCCAACAUCUGGCUGGCCAUCCCGGACCAGGAGGGAGCUGCCGAGGUGCUGCAGGACUACCAGACGCUGAUGGAGCUUGCCUGCUACCAGCACCUCCGUCUCCUCAUCUGCAGCCUCUUCGUGCCCAAGUGCACCCCAGAUGGGGGGGUCUUGCAGCCCUGCCGAGCCGUAUGCCUGGCUGCUGAGCUGCGGUGCCAGCAGUCCCUCGGCCUCCUCGGCAUCCUCUGGCCCAUCAACUGCAACAUCCUGCCCGACUCCAAUGACCCCAUCGAGUGCUUCCAGCCCUGA